AUGGAGCCCAAGUCGCCGUCGUCGAGCAGCAAACGCAUCGUCCGCCGGAUCAGGAGGAUCGCGUCUGGUACCGAAUCAUGGGACACCCCACUGCGUCAACGUACGAGAGCAGUUGAUCAAGGGCGAGGGCAACGGGGCGGCUUCGGCUCCGAGCUGCGAAGCGAUGCGGCCAGUCUCGCACGACGAGCAAGACCUGUCAAGUCGUUGGUCGCGAACUCGCUAGCCCCCGGUGGCGCCCCAUGCGAGGGUGUCGCCGUCGCCGCCGUGCUUCCGGCUUGCCGUGUUGCCGUCCGUGUAAGCUCUCAGCAUGAAAAGCCACGACGCUCCCGUUCCCGACGCAUCCCGGCUGAAUGCACCCCCCAAUAA